AUGCAAGAUGCGACUAUGGAAAAACUAAAAUCUGAUGCACUUCAACAAGUUUGGUCACCAUCGGAUCUAGAUCCAGAUGUAUUAGAAGCUGAAAUAACUAAAAUGUUUUCGUAUAACCAAUCAGAAACGGAACGUCAUAAUGAUAGUAAAAUGUAUUUCAAUGGCAAUGUGGAAGAAAUGAAAAAAUCAGCUGCAAAAGGAAGUGGUAGUCUCUCAGGUAGUAUUGGUAAAGGUUUCUUGAAAAUUUUCAGUCUCGGUUUAAGUGGUAGUGGUGAAACAGCAACUACAACUUCGUCAAAAAAUCAUACAAUUACAGAUCAAGUUAUGUCAGAAACUGAUAUUCAGAAACAUCUGUCACAGCAUGCAAUGGAAACUGAAUGGCGAGGAAAAAAGUUGAGACCAAAAGAAUUUAAAGUUUACAAAUUAAGCGACAUCACAGAUCAUUUACAGAUAGCUGUUAUUUCAAAGCAGUUGUCAGUAGAUAAAGAACAAAAGGCUAUUGUUCGAGUAAUUAGUACAAUGAAUACACCAUAUUUUAUUCCGACUAAUCAUACUCCUUCAAACUUAGUUAUCAUCGGUGAAAUUAGGCUCUAUUCAGGUAUAAGCAAACCCCCUUACCCAUGGCUUCUGUGCGAUGGGUCCGCUGUAUCACGUGUUGAACACCAGCGCUUGCUUGCCAUCAUUGGUACACAAUACGGGUCUGGUGAUGGUGUAACAACGUUCAAUCUACCAGAUUUUCGUGGACGAGUCCCAGUUGGCGUAGAUGAGUCUCAAGUACGUGUAAGUGGAAUAGAUACAGUUGGGUCCACAGGUGGUCAAGUUACGCAUCGACUAACUGUUAAUGAAAUUCCGCCACAUCAGCAUAGCGCAGGUACUCUCUCUACAUCGUUAAAUGGUGAUCACUCGCACUCCAUUUAUGAUCCUGGUCAUAAUCAUGGUGGUAAAACAGGUGAAACCGGACCAACAAAUACAGGAAGGUGGGGAAUGACUUCCAAGGGUUAUGGCAGCGACCAAUCUUCUCAUUCUCAUACAAUUCGAACCGAUAAAACGGGGAUUUCAGUUUACUCAGCUGGUUCCCAUACUCACAACGUUACUCACGGUCAAACUGGUUCAGCUGGACUUGGGCAACAUUUCAGCUUGAUGCAACCAUACCAAACAGUUAACUAUAUAAUUUAUGCCCCAUAA